AAGACCUAAAACUAAAACCAAGAAACCCUUUUUCCACAGAGGGGAGGAGAGUUUUCACCCACAAAGCUUCAGUCUUUCUCACAGGAUUAGGUGAAACCAUCUCUCAAAUUCCCUGCAGAUCCCCACAGUGGUGCCAAAAGUGCCAUGAUUUGAUCCAUUCUAACUCCAUCCCACAAAUGGGUUUUGGUUUUUCCUCAGAACCCUUGUUCCUCUUUCUCUCAUUUCUUUUCCUCUUUAGCAACCUUGAAAUCAAUACUGUUGAAUCUGCUGCUGAUUACAAAACUUUGGUAUACAAGGGAUGUGCAAAGCAGACUUUCACAGAUCCAACUGGGGCGUACUCACAAGCACUCUCUGCCCUCUUUGGGACCAUGGUCUCUCAAUCCAUGAAAACAAGGUUCUACAAGACCACCACUGGGACUGCCCAAACCACCAUCACUGGUCUAUUUCAGUGCAGGGGAGAUCUCAGCAACGGUGAUUGCUACAACUGUGUGAGCGGGCUGCCACAGCUAGCAGACAAACUCUGUGGCCCAACCAUAGCUGCGAGAGUCCAGCUUUUUGGGUGCUACAUGUUGUAUGAAGUUGCUGGCUUUGCUGAAGUUUCAGGUAUGGAAAUGCUGUACAAGACCUGUGGUGGAACAAAUAUUGCUGGGAGUGGGUUUGAGGAAAGAAGGGAUACAGUCCUUUCUGUGUUGGAAACUGGGGUGGUUAAUGGCCAUGGUUUUUAUACCACUACUUACCAGUCCGUGUAUGUGUUGGGGCAAUGUGAGGGGGAUGUGGGGGAUUCAGAUUGUGGGGAGUGUGUGAAGAUUGCCGUGCAGAAAGCUCAGGUUGAAUGUGGCAGCUCCAUCUCAGGUCAAGUCUAUCUGCAGAAGUGCUUCAUUAGUUAUAACUAUUAUCCAAAUGGGGUUCCUAGAAGAUCAACACCUUCUUAUUCUUCUCCAUCUUCUUCAGUGGUGACAGGACAAAAUACAGGGAAGACAGUGGCUAUAAUAUUAGGAGGGGCAGCAGUAGUAGGCUUCCUAGUGAUCUUACUCAUGUUUGCUAGAAGUGUGAUGAAGAAAGAAGAAAAAUGAGGAUCUCUGAAAGAAAGAAAAGAAACGAGUUCUAAAGAGGAAGAGUGCUUUUUGAGGUGGAUUCUUCAUUUAAUUCUUUCUAGAACUAGAAUUUUUCCUUUUUUUUUUCAAAUAUGGGAAAUGGAGGGUCUUUUCUGGUGAUUAUAAUUGGUGAAGAAAAAGAUGCAGGAAAAAAGGGUAAAUGUGGGUGGGGUUUCUCUGUCCACUGUUGGGGAAAACAAUUUGUGGGUUAGAGAAGAGUUAGGGCAUGAAAUGUAAACAUGAAAAUUUUCACAAAGGUGAAAAGGGAUUGAACCGAAUUGAAUGUUUUUGGUGAUUUUGAGUAGAUGGCAGAGAAGAGGAAGAGGUGCUUUUGUUUUGGUUUUUGUUUUUGGUCAUCAAGAGGUGGUUUUGUUUGAGCAAUGGUUUUGGUCACUUUUUACCUCCAUAGCCAUGUGGGUGUUUGUCCUUUUUCUCUCUUCUCCAGAUUAUUGCUGCCCCAUUUUCUUCACCUCUUUAUGCUUUGCUUUUUAGAAAGUAACAAUCUCUGUCUUUUCUCCCUCUCUCUCCACUCACAUUUAUUUGUUUACAUAUCUUUUGUUUGUUUUACGUUUGUUACGUGUAUCCCUUUUAUUUUCUUUUUUUCGUUGUCUGCUUGCUUGGAAACCCAAUCCCCAAUAAAUCUUAGUCACACGAUCCUCUUUUCAUGUUCAAUCUAAGCUUAGUUGGCAAGGAACCAUGUGAAUCUUGAGACAGUAUUUUCACCCUUUAAUUCCCCUCAAUUUGUUGCUUCCUUGUUCAAUAAACCUCUUACCAAAACGGAUAUACUAAUGUCUUUUAUUGCUUUUAGUGGUAACUUUUUAAAAAAAUAAAAAUAAAAGAUUUAAAAUUUA